ACACUUCCGGCUUGUGAAGCGGCGCCGCUGUGGGCUGUGUGAGCGGAGUGAGGGGCGGACAGGGGCCCGGGGACAGCGCGGCGGCGGGGACAGGGGACAGCGCGGCGGCGGCUCACUGCGCCCUCACUGCUUCACUAAACGCUUUUAAAAGCCCUGAUCCCGAACAGGAUUCCCACAGUCAGACUCUCCGAACCGCGUUCCGUCACCGUUUUCCUCCCAUGCGGUUGUUGAUGUAUUGAGGAUGACAAUGGAAGAGAUGAAGAAUGAAACUGAGACGAGUUCCAUGGUCUCGAUGACGUUAUACGCUGUCAUGUAUCCCGUCUUCAACGAGCUGGAGAGAAUAAACCUGUCAGCGGCUCAGACUCUGCGUGCAGCAUUUAUUAAAGCGGAGAAGGAGAACCCGGGGCUCACUCAGGACAUCAUCAUGAAGAUCCUGGAGAAGAAGAACAUGGAGAUUAAUUUCACAGAGUCCUUACUGCGCAUGGCUGCAGACGAUGUGGAAGAGUAUCUGAUCGAGAGGCCGGAGCAGGAGUUUCAGGAUCUGAAUGAUAAAGCUCGAGCACUGAAGCAGAUCCUGAGUAAAAUUCCCGAUGAGAUAAACGACAGAGUGCGCUUUCUCCAGACUAUAAAAGACAUCGCCAGUGCCAUCAAGGAGCUGCUGGACACCGUCAACAACGUCUUCAAGAAAUACCAGUAUCAGAACCGCAGGGCGCUUGAACACCAAAAGAAGGAAUUUGUGAAGUACUCGAAAAGUUUCAGCGACACACUGAAGACCUACUUCAAAGACGGAAAAGCAAUAAACGUGUUCAUUAGUGCCAACCGGCUGAUCCACCAAACCAACCUGAUCCUGCAGACCUUCAAAACCGUCGCCUAGGAAACCGAGAGAGAGAGAGAGAGAGAGAGAGAUUGUGUGGAUGAGUGUGAGGGUUUAUUGAAAAUUCCUGUUAUAAUGUAAUAUACAAAAGUCUUUUGUUUCUUUCAUCUUUUUGUCUUUUUCCUCUUUUUGAAAGUGUAAUUUAUAAACUGGAGGAAACUAAUAAAAAAAUAAACAUCC